GAUUGGUGGAGGGGUGAACAACAAGUCUACUUUACGCCAAUCGUGCUAAGAGCGUUCGAGAAAAUUUCAUCUGGGAAAUAAGCAAUAUUUCAUCAUUUUCUAGGAACUCAAAAUGAUUGAGGUGGUUUGCAACGAUCGUCUGGGCAAGAAAGUCCGAGUCAAAUGCAACUCAGAAGAUACCAUUGGAGACCUGAAGAAGCUCAUUGCUGCUCAGACAGGAACACGAUACGACAAGAUCGUUUUAAAGAAAUGGUAUACUAUUUUCAAGGACCACGUGACUCUUGGUGACUAUGAAAUCCACGAUGGGAUGAACCUGGAGUUGUACUACCAGUAGAUGGGAGAAGAGGAGGACCAAAAGUCAAAGAUGCUCAGACAAACCCAACUCCAAAUUGUCACAGACAAAACAGAUCCACCUAUCUGCUGCGGGAGACCACACAAAUCACAGCACGGCUGAACGAGAGCUCCAUCUACAGAGCAGAAAACACAACUGAUUUGAUGUAGAUCAGAGUAAAACCAUGUUAUUUCUCUGAAAUUAUUUUUAUUUUGCUAUUUUGUAAAUAAAUCUGGUUUACCCACAAGACAA